UAUCUUCCUCGGAGGCCUGGACCAUGGCAGAUGGACUGAAGGGAGGGCCCUUCUUCUUACCCUGAUUAGGCCUGAUGCAGCUGGCUUGGCUUUCUCUCCCUCUGGAUGGUGGCUGGAGGGAGGGCAUUUUUCUUUUCAGGCAAGACCAAAUGGAGCUGAACAGAUUGGAAAAGAAUAUAUCAAAACAACAAACAAUGCUAUCUAUGUAUUAAACUCAGUUGAAGUUUAGUUAUCUCAUGGCAAGGCUCUUGUGGAUCAGAUGUAUCUGGAGACUUGUUUGAGAAACCACAUUGCUCAAUCCCUUUGAAGUUAUACCAUGGAAGACUUGAAAGCAGUCUCGCAUUCAGAAUGUAAGAUGAUAGAAGCAAACUCCAGUGAGUGUAUGAAUAAUGAUGUUUCCUUCCUGACAGAUGAAAAAUUUGACUUUGACUUUUUGCUGUCUCCUGUAAGUGAAAAUGAAGAUGAAGUUUUUAUUGGACCAAUAGGCCAUAAAGAAAAAUGUAUUGCUGUAUCACUUGAGUCUCCAGAAGGGUCUGCAGAUAAAAUCUCACCAUCCCUUUUGGAUAAAGCAACAUGGAGUCCGCUUGCUGCAGAAAAAUUUGUAGAAAUUUUUAAAGAAGCUCAUCUGAUAGCAGUGCAGUUACAAAGUGCAAGCAAAACAAAAAGAAACAAUACUGACCAGCAGGAAGAACGGAAAACAGAGACUGUAGAAAAGUUUGUGCAGGAAUCAAAGUCAAAACUGAAAAUACUUGAGAGAGGAAUAGUAAUGGAUAAAAGUCCAAAGUCAAUUAAGAGAGACACUUACUCUGUGGGGGAAAGCCCAAUUUCCCAACGGCCACCUUCAUUUCAGAAAUGUUCAUGGCACCCUGUUAGACCAACAGAGGAUUCUCAUUGUCCACAAAGGCUUCUGAAUGCAUCUAGUCCUAGGCAGCUGGAUAAAUUAUCCAAAGCAUCAAUCAUGUAUUUGUCUCAAUCAAGGAGUGACAAAAACAUUAAAAAACCAAGCACAUUUCAGAAUGCAAAAAAAACAUCUAAUUCUGAAAGCAGCAAUAACGUAAUAGUGGGACAGCCCAAACAAGGGAAAUUGUCAAGUUCUUCCAGCAGGAAUAAUCAGAACAGUAUGGGAUCAUCUGAAGAUUUGCUCUCUGAUAAAUCAGGUGUUGCUUCAGAUGGAGAGUUAUUCUCUAACAGUUCCUCAACACAAGAGAACCAGACUCUUCCUACUCCCAGCAAGCUGAUGGUUAAGACAAGGCAACUAAAACCUUCAGGCAGUAUCCGUAUGAGAAGGAUCACUUCAUCUUCAUCGUCAUCCUCUGUUUCCAGCAUGAACUCGAGUUUUAAUUCAAGUAUAUCCCUCUCACCUAAAAAAGGAAAAGUGCAAACCAGUGGGGUUGUGUCAAAAGCUUUUGCAAACCGAUCCAGUCUCUCGAUUGCUCCAAGCAAGAUUUCUGGGGUAAGGCCUGCGAAAAUGGCAGUGGUAAAGACUUCCCAUAUUGAUACAUCUGGAAAUCCACAAAAAGCUGCAAGUGAUAAUAAAGGAAAGCCUUCUGUCAGUGCACCCAAAUGUAAAGCUGCCGUUACAUGUGACUCUUCAGGCAGUGGGAUUCAGAAAGGUGUUUCAGAUCCUAAUCAGACACUGGUACGGAAAAGUAUGUUGGGAAACAUAAGAGCGAGUUCGAGUCCUAAACUCAAAACUAAAACAGCGUCUUCAGUCUCAAUGGAAGAGAUGUCUUCAAAAAAUGUAGCUGCCAGAGCAUUGCAACCAGUCAGGUUAUUAUCCUGUGGAAGUAUUGGAAGCAAUGUUGCAGUUACUCCUCCUCUCAAAUCAUCAGAAGAAGGGAUAGUGUUAAAGACCUGUUCUGCUGCAAAGUCUGGUUUGCGAACUCCUGCCAGUAGUAUAAGACUUUCUUCACUGCCUACACCUGCUGGUCGACGUAUCUCAGGAAUUCCAACACUGACCCCCCAAACCAUUCCCAGAUCAGUAUCUUCUCCCAAUGUUGGACCUCUUCGUCAAGUCUCCAGUGUGUCUUCCAAAAAACCACUAGCCACUAGUUCUAAAUGGGCAAAAGACAGCAAGACAAGAAUGACCACCUCUAGCUCGUCCUCAACAGAGGGAGACUCAUCUCCAUCACAGAUUAUACCUAUUGCGCUUGAUUUUUCACCAGAGAAAUCUUCCGAAGAAAUGGAACAGAAGGUGACUAAAGCAGAGGAACCAGCUAAAGAGAGCUUGCUGGUAGACAUUGGACUGGAUAAAACACCAAUUGGAGUAGAUAAAAUUGUCAUCCAGAGGUGUGAAAACAAACCUCUCAUUGAUCUUUUUAACACUCCUGAAAUUAUUAAGGCUGCUCCAGUUAAACCUACAGGACAGCUAAUAGAUCUGAGCUCUCCUCUUAUCCAACUUGGUCCAGAAGGAAAUAAAGAGAAUGUAGAUUCUCCUCUUCUGAAGUUCUAAUCCUCUGAACCUACCUUUGAGACUGGAAGUGUUUCUGUGUGUUCAGCAGAUGGCUUGUUUUCAUCAGGCAAUGGAUGUAGUAGACAGUAAAAAUAGACUUGAAAAUACUUGAAAUUUUAAACUAUGAACACUUGAUAAAUAUGUUGCUGCUAGGAAGAUUGAGAGAACAGUUUAAAUAUCAACUUCUUAGUAAUUGCUCUACAUGUUAAAAUAAGCUUAUUGCUACAUAUGACUUGUAAAAUUGUGCAAAACAUUUUAGAUGUUUGUUAAAUACUACAAUAAAGUAAUAAAUUUA